AUGGCCUUGGUACAGCAGCUUGAAAUCUUUCAGAUGUUUUUCCUCCAUUCUGCUUUUUCCUCAGCCUUUCAUUAUCCCAAGCUCAAUGUGUCUCAGUUGAUGAAAUCUUCCUGGGUGAGAACAGUUCUCUUGGGUGUCGUCGACCAGCGAAUUCAGGAGGAAGUGUUCCAGGCCGAGAUGGAACGGAAGCUGGCUCACCUGUUCAACGAGGCUUUGCUCAGGGGGCGGGUGUGGAGACGAGCCAGCUUUGCAGGCAGCAACAUUGUGCAGAUUGUGAACGUGUCACGGUUAGUUGGUGUUGAUGACCCUGUGGAGCUCAUCUAUUUUGUGGAGGACCAAGAUGGAGAGAGACUCAGCGCUCUGAAGUGCUCAGACCUGAUGAACAGAGUCGAUAUCCAGCGGGCCGCAAUCAUCCUUGGAUACCGCAUCGAAGGCACCAUUGCACAACCUGUGGAGAAGCUGAAGGAGUCGACCGUGGAGUCACAGAAUAGCAACCUGUGGAUUAUUGUUGGUGUUGCAGUCCCAGUUGCUGUGGUACUCCUGAUUGUUAUUAUUUUAUACUGGAAACUUUGUCGAACGGACAAGCUGGAGUUUCAGCCAGACACAAUGAGCAACAUUCAGCAGCGACAGAAGCUACAAGCACCCAGUGUGAAAGGCUUUGAUUUUGCUAAGCAACACCUGGGCCAGCACAAUAAAGAUGAUGUCCUGAUUAUCCAUGAGCCAGCUCCUUUGCCAGGACCUAUUAAGGAUACUACCCCAUCUGAAAACGGAGAUGUGCCCAGCCCCAAAUCCAAGACUUCCUCAAAGCCUUCAAAGACUGUUCGACACAGAGGGAGAAUUUCACCAUCAGAUGCUGAGUCCACAGCAAGUGAACAAUCCAGUGGAAGAGAAACAGGAGAAGAAACUGUGAGACCAUCAACUGUUGCAAACGAGGGCAAACCACGCAGAGCAGUGAAAAAGGGACCUCCUCAGACCAGCAAUGGAAAUGAGCAGCAUUCCUCAGCCUCUAUCUUUGAACACGUGGAUAGGAUGUCACGUUCCUCAGAUGCCAGCAGACGGGUCCCAAGCAAGAUCCAGCUGAUUGCUAUGCAACCGAUGGCAGCACCCCCAGUUCAGAACUCGGUGCUUUCUGAUCGAGUAGCAGAGACCAACAAAAUUAAUAAAGAGAUACAAACAGCCCUGAGGCAUAAAUCUGAGAUUGAGCAUCACCGAAAUAAGAUCCGUCUUCGCGCCAAGCGCAAGGGGCACUAUGAAUUUCCAGUGGUGGAUGACGUGGUGGUGGGUGACUCCAAAGAACAGCACAGAAUAUAUCGCAAGGCACAGAUGCAGAUUGACAAGAUCUUGGACCCUGGAGGCAGUGUGCCUACUGUCUUCAUAGAGCCCAGGAAGAGUUCUCGUGCAAAACGUUCUCCCAAGCAGCGCCGGCGACAUCAGAUAAAUGGGAGCCCAACUGAUGCAGAAAAGGACAGGUUAAUCACAACUGACAGUGAUGGGACAUACAAAAGGCCUCCAGGAGUCAAUAAUUCUGCAUAUAUUUCUGAUCCAGACUUGCCUCCUGAACCUCUGACAUCAUCCUCAGCUGACCUGGGGAAGUUCCCUGGCUUGCCUUCCCACCCAGUCUCCCAGUACGUCCCACCACAGCCAUCCAUUGAAGAGGCUCGGCAGACCAUGCAUUCGCUGCUGGAUGAUGCUUUUGCACUGGUGGCUCCCAGCAGCCAAGCAGCCAAUUCCACGGCCGCCACACCACCGCGGGUCUCCGCAGGACAGCCGAGAUACGUGGAAUUUGGAAUGACUCCACAAACAGCACCAGGUCUCCUACCAAGGCAGAACUUUGGGCCAGGUUUUCUUCAACCUGCAGAGUUAAUGCACCCAGACCAGCAGCCACCUGAAGUUCAAUAUUCCUCCAGAGGGAUAUACUCAGAGGAAAUGCCAUCAGUGGCACGGCCACGACCAGUUGGAAGCACUGCAGGUUCUCAGAUACAGCACCUCACUCAGGUGGGAAUUGCUAGCAGGAUCGGAGGUCAACAAGUGGAGAUCCCCUCAGGCAGAGCAGGGCAUGGCCAGCCGGGGGGGCCAGGGUGGCCCCAGUACCGUGGAGAGGAUGAAUGUGCUAGGCGAGAUGCAAUGCAUAUGCAUGGACACCAAGAAUAUUCCUCCUCACCAGUAUUCCAGAUGCCGAGGACUUCAGCCAGGCAGCCUUCAGCACCCCCUGCUCAGCUUCCACACAACAGCCUUCAGGGCCAGGGCCUUUGCUACACCACCAGUUCCACUGAGGACCUCCAGCCAGGUCACUCUUCAGCCUCUCUUAUCAAAGCAAUUAGAGAAGAACUUCUACGACUUUCUCAGAAACAGACAACAGUGCAGAACUUCCACAGUUGAUUUAGCAUUCCCUUGCAAAUCUGCCAGGUAUCUGCUUCCUAUGGAAGCAAAGACUUAGAGGAAAUCAGCAAUGUCAUUCUCUCAAAAGAAAGAACUUUCACAGCUCUGUUGACAACACUCUGGAAAAAAAGAAAAAGGCAGCAAAAUCAGGAUAGUAAGGAGAGAUGGGGGACAAACAGGGAAAACCAUCAGUGUCAUUACAAGUAAUAUUAAUUAAUCUGCUAAUAUUACGGUGCUCCUCUUCUCUCCCUACUCUUAUUCAGCCUAACAAAUAAAUAAAACCUUAGGUCAAGAACUCCACACUCCAACAAC